UUACCCCCUCCCCGUUGAGUAAGUUUGUGUCCAUCUCUCAUAAAGGAAGUAUUUCCACGCCAUCAUGGACAACGUAAUUCAGCAGACACUAGUGAGCACGAAAAGGAGCUGGUGGGAUGGUUUUACCCAUCGGAAAAGAUCAAAUCGGAGGCGCAUGUGUCCAGUAUGGAUCGAUACAAAGAAAUGUAUCACCAUUCCAUCCACGAACCAGCUGUUUUCUGGGGCGAGAUUGCAGAAGAAUUCUUCUGGAAAGUCCCGCCAAGCAAAGACAAAUUUAUGGAGUUUAACUUUGACACUCGUCAAGGACCAGUCUUCAUCAAAUGGAUGGAAGGGGCAGUUACAAAUAUUUCAUACAAUGUAUUGGACAGAAAUGUGGAUAAAGGGCUUGGAGACACUGUGGCUUUUUAUUGGUAAGUUAGCCUCGGGUUACUGUUAAUCUUUUUCUAUUGCUGUCUUUACUUUUGUCACGUGAAAAUCGCGUUUAAUUUCGUGACCAUUUUGACUUGUAAACCGUGAAAAAAAUACAGAUUUAUUUCAUGAAGUAAUCUCUCUCAAGAAAUUAAUAAGGCGCGCUGUUAAGUUUGAAAUCUUUGUGCGUUUGUUUUGUAGUCAGUGUAUUCUAUAUGAUAGCUGUUUGUCUCCUAACCCUUAGUUACAUUAACUUAUCAUCUCACAUGACAGUCAUUCUAUGAUCACCAAAAAGACUUUUCUUUUCUUACGCCUUUAUUUGCUUUGUGGACAAGAGCCCAAAGCUGUGUUGAAACGAUUAAGUAUUUCCGACGAUGAUUAGAUAAUCCAAUAAACAUAUCCUUCAAUGAUAAACUACUAGGAUGCUUGUUAUGUAUUCAGAGAAACCAUAGAGACAGUACACGUGUCUCCAAUCUUUCCAAGUUAAAUUUAACUUAUUGUUUUUAAUCGUCAACAUGUGGAUUGUGCCACCCAGACUUCUUCCUGACUUGUGUUCCAAAGCAAAACUUGGUAAUACACCAAUCAAAAGUAGGGACUGUUUGAGUUUUGCUUUACUUUGCUCUGUAGUCAGUACAGAACACUUGUGCCACAAAUAUAGUUUCCCUUGUGCAAGACAUGCACUAUAUCAUGCAUGUCAUAAACAGGCUAAUUAUAUACUCCGUCAUCUGAGUCUUUAAGUUCUGUAGCAUAAUAUUAUAAGUUAAUAUUUAGCUUAAAAGCACAAUUUGUGACUCUGGUAGGGACUAGAAGUGGCAAUCAGUGGUAACACAGAAAGAUUGAUGUGCUUAUCUACAAAAUUAGAACACUUUUACUUUGGGAUAAUUAAAAUACCACCCACCACUACUGGACUGACUUUGAAAAAUUUAGUUCUUUUCUUGUAAUGGUCAGUAAUGCUCUAUGUAAUGUUGUGUUCACUUCCUUUGAUAAGUUAAAGUAAGAAUUAAGUUUAUGUGUGCUUUGUAUCAUUGAAAUGGUUGCAAUUAUUCAUAAAGGAGAUUACUUUAAUAGUAAGGCAGGUAUAAUCGUUUCUCUCUAGAUAUUGUCACUUCCAAUGUGGAAUAUGAUGUUUGGAUUGUGUACUUCUAUUCUUCUUUAAGCAAUACGGUCAACUGGAUAUGUUGCACCUUAUGAACCAGGCCAUUAUACUUAGCUGUGAUUGCUAUUUCAGAGCAUACCCAGGACACUGGGUAUGGCCUCCUCUGUAACAAAUUAUAGUUCAUUGGGUGUGAUCCCUGGUGUAAUACAUACCAGACUUCACCUCAACAAAAUCAACAGGGUUAAUAAUGCAGAUAUCCUAGAAGCAUAGACAGUAUUAAUAAGGGGAAAAAACCAAAAAUAGCCAUGCAUUAACAGAAGGCCAAUGGAACAUAACUGAAAUUCGCUAAUUGUUGGGGUGGAAUACCAGCCAAUCUCAGCUGACCAUAAUGCUUCAUAAGGGGAGGUGUACCCAGUCAACCUAAAUGCAAGCAGAAGACAAGCAGUUUGCAGAUGGAUUGUGGCAAUCCACAUCAGAAGUGACUACCUUGUGAGUCAAACCAUUAUACUUUGCUGCAAGAUGUCCUUUGUGUUGGCAGAUUUUAAGCAAUGUGUGCACUUUUCUAUGCAAUUUAGGGAAGGAAAUUUUCCUGGAGAUAAUAAGCAGAUUACCUACAGUGAACUUCUCAAAGAAGUGUGCAAGUUUGCCAAUGUUUUGAAAGACAAAGGUAGGGACUAUCAACUAUUAUAACUAUAAUUUUAGAUUAACUUAAAAUUUUUUUUGUAUGCUUGACUUCAAAACAAGAGGUUCAGUCCUUGCUUGAUCAUUGUGUUGUGUUUUUAGGGAAGGCUCUUACUACUAAAGUGCCUCUUGCAACUUGUGAGCACUAAUUAGUACCAGCAGACUGUCAGCAAGAACUUAACCCAUAAACAGAACUUAAUUACUGUGAGAUAUUCAGUCAAUGAGUAACAUCUUGUCACAAAAUAGUAACAAGGCUCUUUGUUGUUUCAAACUGUUCAAACCAAAAUAAGCUGAAGAUGUUCCGUCGAAACAGAGGGCAUGUGGAACAGUAAACAUUAACAAUGUGCACAUUGGAUUUAACCAUUCAUUAUAGCGAAAUGAUUCUUCAGUGAAACAGUGGUCCUUUAGGAUUGUGAACCCAAACCCUUUUUAGUAUUUAAUUCCAAUCUGUCUCCUUACUGAAUUAUUGGUUCUGUGAAAAUGAUAUAAUGUGGAGUUAAUAUACAGCACUUUGCAAUGAAAGUGAACCAGACAAAUUAAUUUUAAAGACAAGAUUUUAGAUAUAUUGAACAUUUGCUUUUUAUCGUUUCUCAUUCAUGGCUAGUAAAACUAAGCCACAUUUUUUCUCUUAUCUUCUCUUAAAACAUUAGGUAUUAAGAAAGGCGACAGAGUGGCCAUUUACAUGCCAAUGAUUAUUGAGUUGGUAGUUGCAAUGUUAGCUUGUGCAAGAAUUGGAGCUGUUCACUCAAUUGUGGUGAGAUGAAGUUAUUAAACUUCGUUCACUUUAACUUUUAUCUUUAUAUCCCCUCCUUAUUUACAUUUCACAUUUUGAUAUUUUCAUUUACCUUCCAACCUUAUUUAUUGCCAUUUUUAUGAUCAUCAGCCAAGCAAUGAUUUGUCCAUGCAUUUUUGAUAAUAUUCUCAGAGUGAUUCACCCACCAACCACCAUUUGACUUCUUUGAUGGCAUCAGUUAAUCAAUUACAGGAAGUUGAGACCCCAAGAGACAAGACUGUUACUUGUUAAUAGUACCUUUAAAAGAAAAUGGAUUGUUCCUAGAGUAGUGGUAUUUUGCUGACUGGCUCAUUCUGAGCAAUGAUAAUUUUUAUAUAACUUCAAAUUCUCAUUAACAAGUAACAAUGUGAUGUGUUGUCACUAGUUAAGAGUUAGAUUGAGUUCAACUUGGAAGUGAAAGAGUUGGCACAAAAACUUCAUCAUGUAGGAUCUUUUGUUUCAAAUUGUUCAUGGGAAGUUUUAUCUCCUUUAAAGAGGUUUCCUGGCUUGUGUAAAAACUGGUCAAACUUUUGCUGUCAUGAUGGCAGUUUAAGGAGUUUUACAUGGGUUCUAGUUGUUGUGUGAUAAUUAAUUCAUCUUGAAUGGUUAUACCUAUUUUUGGUGGUUUUUUUUGCAUAUAUUAUACGUGCUACCUCAUCCCCAGUUUGGAGGAUUCUCUGCAGAAUCUUUGGCUGAGCGGAUUCUUGAUUCAUCUUGUAAAUUACUUGUUACUGCUGGUAAGCACUUUCUAUUGGUUUUCAUUCAACAGUCCACUAGACCUACCUGCACUAGCUGUGACUUAAAAUUCCGUUCAGGGUUAGCAAUGUCUUUUAAAAUACUCACUAAUUUUUAAGCAGAUAAUUAAAGUGAAAGUUUUGCAUACACUAUUGACUAUUGUCCUUAAGAAUAUUAGUCUCAUCUUCAUUUCUUUCGCAUUGAUUUUGAUGUUACCCAUGUGGUUUUUAAGCUAAAUAACACUAGAGAUAACAAUAAUGAUGUUGAUGUUAUCUGCAAAAUUUCAGAUGGGUCGUAUAGGGGUACAAAGCUUAUUAACCUUAAGGAAAUUGCUGAUGAUGCCAUUGCAAAGUGCAAAGAUAAGUGAGUAUCAUCUUUAUUUCCUUUGAUCAUUGUGCAAAGCUUUUAACUGACCUUGGAAUGCCGGCAGUAUUCAGGAUGCAUCCCUUAUAGUUCUGUGGUAAAGCAACUAAAGAUUUUUUGAGAAGGAAGUAAAUUUUAUUUUGUCAGGGAUUACAUAGAAUUUCUUGAAGAAGUGUUUCUGGCAUGAUAGUGAUUAAUAAUGUUAUGUCGGUCUACACUAAAUAGAGUAUAUUUUUUUGAUACAGUAUACUUUUUCUUUAUUGUUUCUUGCAGGGGAUUUACUGUGGAAACUUGUAUUGUUGUUCAACAUGUGGGAGGCGCCGCUGCCACAAGUCCACAUUCAUCACCAGUUGCUAAAAAACCUUGUCCACCAGCACAGGUGAUUCAUUGUUCAAUCAUUCUUGAUCUCCUAGUUUUCUUGCACAGCAAAGAAAUGCAUUUUGUAUUGGGUUCUUUGGCAAGGUACAUGAGUCUCACAGUUCCUCUCUUCACUAAAAAAAUAUAACUGUGUUUAACUGUAAGCUUAUGGAAAACUUGACAGAAUGCUAUCAUACCAGCAUCCCAUCUAGGAGGAGUAGUGUUGGUUUUAUUUCAUUCUUAUAAAUUUUCCUUGAUGUUUCAUGCUACAGAAACUAGGAGGAUAUGUGAGGAAGUGUGAGCCAUAAGCCUCAAGAGCAGGCUUUGACCUUUACCUUUUUUUUUCAACAGGUAAAUUUGAAUGAUGCUGUCGACUGUUGGUGGCAUGAACUUAUGUCAAAUGCUAGUGACAAAUGUGAGCCAUGCUGGGUGGAUGCUGAGGAUCCAUUGUUCAUGCUCUACACAAGGUACUUAGAACUAUCUAAGUAUGUUAGUUUUUGAACUAAAACUUCUGCUGAUCAAAAGGCUUUUGCUGGGUUUUUGAAUUACUAAAUGUGUUGAAUUACUGAAUUUGGUCAGAAAAUGAAAGAGAAAAUAAAUAUGACAUCUUGAAAAAGUGGAGAAAGUUUUUUUUAUUUCCAAAGUUUAAUUAGAGUGCAGUUAAUGGGAUGAAGUGUUUGCAAAGCAGCAUAAUUUCAUGUAAAUAACUUGGGCUAAAAUGUUACCUAUAUGGUACAAUAAUUUUUUAUCAUAUUUUGGGGCAAGCCCUAGACCACCAAUACUCUGCUUAGGCCACAUGGUUUGAAUAAUAAUCUUAGUUUGGAAAAAAAAAAAUUGAAGAGUUAGUAUCCUUAACAGUAACCUUUGUUUUUGGAAAAUUACCAGUUUGGUAAAUUGGAGCACUUUUUAGUUUUUUUUUUUAUAAAAAACAAAAUCAACUGUGUUAGCAUGUAGGGUGGUAUGUUGCUUGCACCAAUCAGCUUGUCGCAUCUGAGUAUGUAUCUUGCACCAAUCAGAUUGCCUUUACUCACAUGCCAAACAACUUCCACUCCAUCAUGUACAAUAAAAAUAAAGUCCAAAGUCUAAUGAAAACACACCAAAUCAGUGCACUACAUGAACAUAAGGUAAUUUUUCAUGUGGUUGAACUGUACUCCAUCAAUCAAAUUCCAUUUUGCCAAAUUAGACCGCAUUGUCUGAUCCCGCUGAAAAAAUUCACUACUGAUUGUAAAUUUCCACAUAAUUCUCCUGUGUUUCUACUUUUUCUGCAUGUAAAAUUUGCAUUUUACUUUCUUGGAAUUAAUCCAAUUGCAUAUUUAUUCCUUGUAAACAACCUGCGUUUUAUCAGGUUUUUCAUACACAGAGGGCACAGUCCAGAUAGGGUACAACCAAUCAAAGAGCACUCUUUAAAAUAUUGUCCUUUUCUCUUGUUCAAUAUAUCUUUACCUCUUUGAGAUUGCAAUAUAUCUUUGGCUAGAGUUUAUUGGAGAUACAGCAGAAUUUCAGUUUGCUUACGUGGAAUUAUAUUUUUAUUUUUGAGGCAACUAACUGUAGACAAAUAAUUUUUAUUUUCUCUCUGUUAAAGGAAUGAUAGUAAGGGUAGUCUCCUUCGCAACUGUUAUUUGGUCUCACCAGCAACGCGCUCUCUCUCAAAUGGGAAAUACAUGGCAUUGUGUAAUGAGACCAAACAACAGCUGCGAGGGAAACAACAGUAAGUGUGGCACCAAUGCAUUUUAUUUAUGCUUUGAAGUAUUUAGACAAUAGAACACAAAAUACCUGUGUGACUUCAGACAAAUUAUUUUUUUUUCCUCCUCUUAAGGUGAAGUAUUGUGAAAUUUUUGUCCAUUUGAAAGUGACACAAAGUGUGUAUCUCAAUCUGCGCCGGGAAAAAAAAAACCUCCUGCAUGCUAUGCAUUCCUAUGUUUGAAUUAGCAAUUAAUGUAGAAAAGGGCAUGAAAUGUUGCAAUACUACUGGAAUCUAUUUGGUGUCAUUUAAAACUUAUCAUAUUAACUAAAGUGCAUUUCCCUCUCUUGGUCAUCAGUGGAUCAACUGGUAAACCCAAAGGUGUCCUUCACACUGUGGGAGGUUAUAUGCUCUACACUGCUGUUACCUUUAAGUAUGUCAACAGAACUUCCUGAUAUGUAUUUUUUGUUUUCUUUACUUUUCUUUGUUUGCUUUAUUUGUUUGAUUUGUUUGACUUGUUUGAGAGAUUGCUGAAGAUUGGAGUCAGAAAGGUAAUACAGUGGAUAUAUGCGUGACUGUAACAAAUGGUACCAGUAGAAAGGCUUCUGUGGCAUAAUUCAAGUCAAAAGAGUGAAAUUCCAUUAUUCAUGAAAUUCAGGAAUUCUGAAUUUUCUUUGUUAUGUUCUUGUAGUGUUUUUGUCAUCUCUCUUAGUUUACCAACAGAGCAUACUUCUCAAUCAAUCUCUUCACACACUAUGCUUUUGACAUUGCUAAAUGAUUUUCAUGUGGGCACAAUUUGUAUUGCUCACCUGGUAGAUCAUUUGAUACUUUCAUAGGACCAGACUGAAGGACUUGAAUUUCCUUGCCUAUACUCAUGACAAAUCCUAGGCAUACCACUUCAUUUCAAACUUUUGUGCAAGAAAAUAUAACAUUUAAACAGGACUAGACCUGGAGUUUGACACUUACCACUUUUAAAGCCAGUGUGUCGAUCAUCCUGUAAUGUUUUUUGAUAUGCUGCUUGUAGGUAUGUGUUUGACUAUCACCCAGGAGAGAUAUACUGGUGCACUGCAGACAUUGGCUGGAUCACUGGUCAUAGUUACAUCACUUAUGGACCUUUAGCAAAUGGUGCAACAAGUGUGCUGGUGAGACACUUUUUCAUUGAUCCAACUUAUUAACUAUUAGGAGGUGAGAUGCAAGAUCGUUGUGAAUGAUCCCUUCCUCUGUUAAUGGAGUGUUUCUUCUUGCUAACUGUUAUGCACAAGUAAAUUACUUGUUAAAUGGUCCAAAUUGAAUGAUAUAUUUUGAAUUAAAUGCAGAGACACUCCAAAUCUGUUGUAGUUACUUUCACACACUUUUCAUGGCAUUGGUGAAACCAUUAUGAAGGUGUGAUUUGUUAUGCUAAGGAAAAGAAACUUGUCUUGGUGGCAAUGGUGGCUUGGUGAGAGAUCGCCAACAUGUCAAGUCAAUUUGCUAAUGCUGCUAACAGGCCUGAAUAUCUGCACAAUAAGUUUACAUGCCUGGUUAGUUGAUUGGCAAACUUUUGGCCAGGAACCUUUCAUUGAAUGAAAGGAAGAAAAGAACACUGUCACUUUUUCUUUCAGGUUCAUUGAUUUCUCUAGUUGCUUAUUUCAUGAGUGUGGCUGUAUUUUGAGUGCAUGAACUUUUAUAGUAUAUAGACCUCCCUGCUUAAUUCCAAUCAUGACUUCUUGUGUAUAGUUUGAAGGUACUCCUUUCUAUCCUGACUCUGGCCGCUUCUGGGAUGUAGUUGAUAGAUAUAAGGUUUCCAAAUUCUACACAGCUCCAACAGCCAUCAGGUCUCUCAUGAAGUUUGGAAAAGAUGUUGUAAAAAAGUAAGCAGCAAAGAACAUCUCUUUUGGUAUUGUUGUAUAUGUUGAGUUGUAGUUCUUGCUCAUUGUCAGAAAUUAAAAAUUCAAAAACAAAACUAAACAUGUAUCAACAAAAAAGGCUUGUUAUCUUUAUAUGACUUAUUUCUUGCACAAAAAAGCUCAAUCCAACCUCAUUCAUGCUGGCAAAAAGCCCUAGAUAUACCCAGUUACUCUGAAGACUUUAUAAAAGAUGUAGUGAGAAUGAUCAGUGUAUGUCAUGAGAUGCCAUGUGUUAGAAACAGCAGAAAUCCUGGCAUUUUGUCCAUAUUGUUAUUGAUAAAACAUUAUUUUUUUUUCCUUCAUGAAUGUGGCACAAGCGUUAUACUUAAUUUGACAUGACAGUAAUUAUUGAUGAUGAUUAUACAAGGUUAGGAAUUACCUGUGAAAAAUCCAAACAAUUGUAUUCUUGAUUUCCAAGAAAUAUUUCUUGUUAAAUUCAGGUACAGUCGUGAAUCUCUGAAAGUACUUGGCACAGUAGGAGAGCCUAUAAAUCCUGAAGCGUGGCUGUGGUAUUACCACACUGUGGGAGAUGAAAAAUGUGUAAUUGUUGAUACUUACUGGCAGACAGAGACUGUGAGUACAAGUUACAUAUUAAGCAAUGUAUUUAUCUGUUCCUGCCACAACUAAGGGUGAAUGAAUGUAAACUUCCUUCCUUUUCCCUGAUACAUGUUCAUGUACAUCUAAUUCACUAAAUGUGUGUUUAAGUGUGCUAGUCAGAAGCACUAGUUCAGGGAAGAUAUACAAUAUGCAAAUUAAAAAUUAACCUGUGAUGCAAAAGAAGCCUACAAUAUAAGGCUAAUUGACCAAAUGGAAAAACUUAACUAAACAAAACAAAAAAAGAAAAAAGACAGUUAUGCAUUUGUGGAACCCACAAUCAGGCAUUUCUAAUCAUGAUGUGAUAUUCAUGACCUCCUUCUUAAGUUUGAUGACACUAUAUUCACAAUGAUUUUUCAAAAUACAGGGUGGACAUGUCAUCACCUCCCUACCUGGAGCAACACCCAUGAGACCUGGAGCUGCAGUAAGAUUCCUACCCUUUUUUUAAGUGUCUAUUGCUUAGUCUUCUCGAUCCAUAAACUCUAAGUUUUCUCAAGAAAAAGGGAAGAAUUUUGAAUGAAUUCAGUUCAAAAGAAUCUUUACCUUUUUUGAACCUCAUGAAUAGGUCAUAUAUCAAAUUUGCACUCUGUUAUAGAUGUUCUCUUUCCCAUCAUGUGUUAAAUUGAAUGAAAUGUUGUUAAAUUCCUGUAACUUACCUUGAUUUUUUUUUUAUGAAUGAGGGGUGAGAAAUUAAAAAUGAAAAAAGGAACAAAAAUUAGGAAACCCUCCAGAGUUCAUCACAAGCUACUUUUGUGAAUUCUUGCUUUUGACAGUUAGUAUUAUUUUAGAAAUUUGCCCAGCACUACAUAUUUCUGUGACAAUAUUUUAAAUUUGCGUCACUUUUUCUCCACAGUCUUUUCCAUUCUUUGGAGUUGUGCCAGCCAUUGUUGAUGAACAUGGAAAAGAACUUGAAGGAGCUUGUGAAGGGCUUUUGGUAAUGCCUGCAGGCUAUUUGUUGAACUUUCUAAGUAUGCAACAGCAGAAUGACAUCAUGAUGGUAGUUUAUAGUUAUAAUGCUGAUUUUUUGUUUGUUUUCAUUUUGAAGGUGAUGAAACAACCUUGGCCAGGCAUGGCAAGAACUAUUUAUGGAGAUCAUGAGCGAUUUGAACAUGUUUACUUUUCGAAGUUCAAUGGUUACUACACCACAGGAGAUGGUAAGGUCCUUAUUAAUCAUGUGCUCUGUACACUUCACCAAACUCUUUGCUGUGACCGUAGUCAGAAGGUUGAAGGAUUUAAAAUGGAGAAUUUAGUCUUACACACUUAGUGAGCCAUUACUGUUGGACUUUAUCCUAGUGUCCAAAGCUUAAAAAUUUGGGAGCUGAAAGGUGCAACUGGUAAGAUUUGAUAAGAAAUCCUCCAUUCCAACAGCUUUACAUUUCUUUUUUAGCCAAUCAAGAGAGCUUAGUACAUGUAACCUUCUCUUGAGGAGGUGCUUUCUCCAUUCUAGUCACUUGUGUGUUGAAUAACAUUCUGAGAUUGUAAGGAGAUUAUACAUGUUGGUGGUAGGUUGCAAACGUGAUGAUAAUGGUUACUAUUGGAUCACUGGGCGAACAGAUGACUGUAUGAAUGUCUCUGGUCACUUGCUAAGCACAGCACAAAUUGAGAGUGCUUUAGUGGAACACAAUGGAGUAACUGAAGCUGCUGUGGUAUGUUAGUCACUAUUAUUAAUUAAAGAUAAGGGGUACAUAUUUUAAAUCAUUAAUUAGGGACAAAAGUCUGAGUUGACCAGGAAGAUUGCUUUUCUAUCCCUGGGGAAAGGGAAGUUCAUUAACUUACAGUUACUGUAACAACCAGGUAAAUUCAAGGACUUUUUAUGUGAAUGUUAUUGUAUUUAACAUGCCAGGUACCAUAAUUUCCAGCCAAUUACCUGUGGAAUAAUCUGUUAAUUUUUCUACAAACAGUUGUUAGUGCGGGUUAUAGGAAGGUGUGGGUAAUAGGAUAAUUUUUAAAGCUUCUGGUAUAGUUUUAAAACUAUAAGCAGGAAAAACCAGAGAUGAUAAGAUCCACUAAAGAUACACCUUAAAAAAACCUCUGUAAUAACUCGUUUAUUUUGCACAGAUUGCUCGUUACAAUUAGAGACUUUAAUACUCUCGAUGAAAGCCAAUGCAAAUCGAAAUAUCUUGAAAUAUCGAUUUUUUUAGAACAGAUCAUUCUCAAUGAAACAGGGUAGACAAUUUAUUAAUUGCACGUGAAAGGAUAUCAUGUCAACAAAAACAAAGGAACUUUGUGCGAGUCGACUAUUUUCUUUUGUUUUCGGGUGCUGGUUAUUUGCCAGUGUGGGUAAUCUGUUGAAAUUUUUUUCUCGUUAUUGCAAAAAUUGACUGAUGCGAGUAAAUGGAUGGAAAUUACGGUACUUUAACCACUGAUUGUACAAGAUAUUUUCUGCUGCAACCAAUAGUAAUAAUAAUAAUAAUAGUUAUAAUAAUAAUAAUAAUAAUAAUAAUAAAAUCCUUUCUAGGAUAUCAUUAGGGAUAGAUCUGUUGAACAUCAGCUGCUUCAUAACUAUCAUCAUUGUUACCCCUUGGUAUUCAUGUUUUUCAAAAAGGCACAAACUCACAAGAUUAGUCAUAGCAAUUUCCAAUUUAGUGUUGAAAGCUUUUUGAGAUUGGUUGGUUUUGCUUCACCUUGCUCUGUAAUGGGCCUGAGAAACUUGCCUUUCCUUUGCAUCUCCAUCAAUAGUAUUAGUUCAAAAUAAGUUGAGAGUUGUAUUUUCCUGUAAAUCAGACAGAUUUAUUUCAGUUUUUUUCCCUUGCUCCUUGUCAUAUUUAAAUUUGUUUUGACUGCCAAUGUCACAGCUUUGGUUUUGAUUGUUUAACACUUAGUUGAAUUGCCCUUCCUUGCACUACCCUCCCUAAUUAAGGGGAGAAAACCCCUUUAACUCCUUGAUAUUUGGUUAACUAUAUACUUACUUGCACAACAGCGGGUCCAUAAGUAUUGAAAUAAGCCUCUAAAUGCAAUGCACAAACUUAUGAAUUUACAAAAAUUGAUAGGAAAGAUCUUUUCAUCAGCAUCCAAUUCACAGAACUUGUUUGUUUUGCACUCAGGUAUCUUGUCCUCACAGAGAAAAAGGAGAAGGGAUCUACUGUUUUACCACAUUGAUGGAGGUAAAAUCAGCUCCAAAAUAAAAUGCCUUGUCAGCUAUUACAAAAGCACCAAUAAAAGGACUGUCAUUGCGGUCAUUUAUAAAGACAAUAAUUGACAUAAAAUUAAUGACAAUAGCAUGUCCCAAUUGAUAUUUUCACUUGAAUUGUAAAUUAAAACUGCUUCCUAUCAUUUUAUUUCUAGCUAUGUUAGCACAUGUAUUUUUAAACUUACUGAAAUAAGUAUAUGUGUUGAAGUAAUUAUAAUCAUUUUGCUUUGAAGGGUGUGGAAUUUAAUGAACAGCUCAUCAAAGAACUUAAGCAAAAAGGUAGUAAAUUGAUUGUUUCUCCCUGUUAUCUCGUUAUUGUUCUCCCUAUUUUCUCUUAGCCAUGUUAUUAUAUUUUUCCAGGCAGUAUAAGUUUUUUUAGGAAAUGAUUAUUUGUUAAUUGCAAAAAAUCAACGAAAGUCCACCUAAGAUUAAAAAUAUUAAGCUUUAUUUCUCCAGCUAAGCUUUUCACUGGCCUAAAAGUAAACACAGCUGUGAGAACUGUUUGUCAAAAUUAAUGAAACUAUUAAUGACAGUUGAAACUUACACUGAGUUUGCAAAGUUCACUGACUUUCCAGGUAGUAGCAUAUUCCAUCAGUUAUUUUAAAGCUGGAUCUUUUCUAUCCCUCUCAAAGCUUCUUACAGAAGGCUAUAGCUCUCAUAAACUGAUAGUAAUAUUUUUUGGUUUUUGUAUACUUUAGUACGCACAAAAAUUGGACCCUUUGCCACUCCUGAUGUUAUUCAAAAUGCACCUGGUCUGCCCAAGACACGAUCAGGCAAGAUCAUGCGUCGAGUUCUUCGUCAGGUUGCAAAGAAUGAGAAGAAGAUUGGUGAUGUGACCACCAUGGCUGACUCUUCUGUUCUCAAGAACUUGUUUGAAAACAGGCCUGAUGUUGAUUUCCUUCUCUAGUAACAUUAUUUUGCCUAUAAAACUUUGUGUUUUCAAUAUGGACAGCAGGCAUACUUUGGUUUAGAACACAUCCAGUUAAUACAAAUUCAGUGCCCCUUCCUUUUUACAAGUGACAGUUCUGUAGAAUUUUGCUUACUCUACCUACCAAGAGAAAUGAAGUUCAGGUCAACCAAUGGUAACUGACUAAUAAGAGUAAUUUAAAACACUGUGAAUACUAAAAUGCAUUGCCAUGUGUUUCAUGUUAAGAUCUUUACACUGAAGCCAUAAAAUUGUAAUCCCAUUCAAUUUAGGAUGUGUUGACCUCCUACAAUUUUUGGAUUUUUUUGUUAAUGAAAAACACAUGGGAUGGAGGACCAUAAUCACAGUGAGCAGUGCACCAAAAACUUCAAAUUAAGGUAUAGUCUACAGGCACAACUUGACAUAUGGUGUUUGGCAAAUUUUUCAACUUUUUGAUUUUGGUUGUUGUAGUCAAUUCUCUUGAAAUGAAAAAAAGCUGCAAAGAUAAUUUUUAAAAUUUGUUAAUUAGUAGCUUUUAGAUGACAUACUGUGCACUGUAAGUUGGAUAAGGUGGAGGUUAGAGGUAACUGAGUUUAAGUAAGUGAUGCUAUCAUAUUCUCUAUCAAGGUUUCUGGAAGUAGGUUUUAGACAUGUUGGAGAAACUUUUAUCUUGGUGAAGGAACAUAUUAUGGCUUUAUCAGCCUUAAACCACAAGGAACAUGUUUUGUUCAUGAUCAUUCAUCUCCAAGUAUUUAUGUUCAUGUAUUGAAGUCAAAUUUUGUUUUGACAAUAAAAUAGGAUAGUUAUAUUAGACUAUUGCUAAAAUACAUCUUGUUCUUAUAAAAGCAACGUCUUCCAUUAUCAAAUAUGUUGGGGUUAAAAGUCUUUGUAAAACAAACCUAGUGUU